UCCUGUUAGUAUGAAAAGCUUUCAGGCGAACUAAGGCCCUCUCGUCGUCAAAAUUUCCCCUGCAAAAAGCUUCGUGCGCCAAGUGGUUGGCGAUAGCAACGAUGAGUCGAUUGGUGCCUUUGCCAAGACCACCAUUCGUUGAAAAAGCAGCAGUAAGGAGGGUAGAUCUAGACGGGUUGAAAGUUCCCGCAUAGUGAUUUGCCUUACUUGCAGCUCGAUCUUCGAGGGCUGAUCCUGGCUUAAGGAUCGACUUGUCGAUGCUUCGACCUGCUGAUGGGUUGACGAUUGUUACGUCGAUCAGAAUGGACUUGGUGCAGAGGUCCUCUUCCUUCUCUCCUGCGUGUAAUCCUGGGGGGAUUACCAAAUCCAUCUUGUAUAGCCCCUUUCCCCUACCAGUGCCUGUGGUAAAAGGGGAAGAAUCCUCAACGGCGAUGGGCAUAUGGCACUCGCGCAGUGUCUUGAGGACCACUCGAACCAUCCUGUUAUGGAGGAAGGUUGAGGCGCCGGUCUUGGUGCAGACGAGGGAGUGGGCUCGGCUCAAGCGGUCCUUGCAUGGUAACAAUGCACCUGCACCACAAAGUUUGCCUGUGUUGCAGUCUGCUCGAUCGUGACUCCCCAGUACACGACCGAUUGACUCUCGAUAUAGAUCAGGCAGCAUUCUUUCAUCUGCUGACAACCCUUGCGUUGUCAACCACGACAAAACUCCCUUGCCUUUCGCUUCCUCCAAGCGGAUCAACGCCCUCUUCUUUGGCGUUUCCUCGCCUACUACUUUCUGCAAGUCUGUCUCCACCGCGUGGCGCACUGCUGCAUGAAGAGGUUUCGAAAGGAGAGCUUGGACUCCAAAGACUUGGUAGUGUUGACCAAAUUCAUUUCGGCUGAAGGUAGACGGUGGUUGAUGUUCUACGUCAGGGUUUCCAUCUUCACGGGGUUUUCCCGCCUUCCCUGCUUCCAACAAGUAAACUCCUUUGAGGGCGGGGGUUAACUCAUCACUUGUGGCAAGUUUAGCCCAUGACUGCCCAACAGCUUUUUCAAGCUUGUCUUUGGUGAUGAUUUCCUCUAGCUUCUUCAGCGAGUCAAUCAGAGCCAACCCUGUCGGUAGCUGGGCACGCCAGGGUAGACAUUGCUCAACUGUGUAUCCUGUCGAUGCUUGCGCUGACUUGGAGAACACCAGCGCUUGCCCUGCCACAAAAGCCGAUUCUCGAAUGAGAACAUUGCUCGUGAUUCCUAGUCCUCCUUCUCGCAUGGGUAGGUGCACCUGCGCCCGAGCUGUUCCUUUGAAGAAAUCUACCUCCUCGCUUUUCGUCGGGUCUGCGCGUACCUCUUUGACCGUUGGUAUUCCCAGGCUGUCGGCUGUCUUGCCAAGGACGAUCUUACUCAUUGCCCACAUCAUCAUGUUGUCAU